UAGAAAAUCAGUUCUCGGAGAUAGGAGGGAAGAGUGGGAAAAGAAUUGCUUUAUAGCAUAGGCAGUAAAUCUUCCUCCUUCAAACUCGUGAUGACUGAGUUUGUGGAAUUGUUCUGGAAAAAACCCUAACAUGGGUAUGAAUCUGGAAUAUUGGAUCCCAUUUGGAAAAUCUGAUCCCAAAAUAGUGAAGAGGUCGUAGCAAUCGAAAAUUUGUGCUGGUCGUUUUUAAUAGGAUUGCUUUGCAAGUUAUAUAAUUGUACUCAAUUUAGUAUUGCAACUUGAAGCAAGCCUUCAGCAGUGACUGAUCGGAUAUUACUGUAUUGUAGGCUUUUCUCGAAAACUAACUUCUCCGUCAUUAGCAAACGCAGGAACAAGUGAAUCAACUCAGAAGUGCUGGUUGGGCGUUGCUCCAACUGAAUUAUUCCAUGAUGAAAAUAAUGUUUGUGUCCUCACAUCCCACAAACUUAACUACUGUUUAAUCUCUCUUAACUCUUAAUAAUGAUAAGAAUUUCAGCAUCAGCCUGAGUGGUGAUAGUGGUAAUGUUCACGUCCACAUGGGGAAUUUCCCACGGUUCUGACAGCACUGACCUUUGCAGCAAACAAUGAAAAGAACGUUUUUCUAUUCGUUCUGCUUCCUGUGGGCAAAUAUUCUAUUCCUCGCGGUCUGUAGCAAACCCUCGUAACCCUUCCAGGUGCAGGGUAGCUAAAACAAAACCAGAUUUAUCUCCAGUAAUAUUUACCCUACCUGUAAUCCGUUAUCGCCCAUCUUAUUCUGGCUCCAAACAGGACCUGUUUAUUCUUUUCCCUACUGAAUGAAAAGCCAACCUGGUCAAACUGUCAGUUUGAGCAAAAGACAUAGGAUGUAUGUCACAUGGAGUAUUUAUUGUGUAGUUCAGCUCUGAAAACAUUGUUAGAAGUAUUGGUUCUUAUUUGCUGUUCCAAAUUGAAAUCAUAAUUGUAAUUAGCUGCCAGCUUUCUUUGAUCAGACUUGCUUCCUGUUGAAAAUAAUGUAUUUAUUACUCAUAAUGACCUACAGUCACGGUUUUUGAUCACUGGGCUCUUUUUGACUUGAUCCUGCCAGCUCCUUCUCAUCUCCUUUGUUCCCCUUUAUGAAAGCAGUAACAGUACAGGCAAGAGAGGUUCCAAAAUUCAUGUGAAGUAUUGGGAGUAUCUUAAUUUUUCUUUUCCUGAUGAUGAUGAUGUUUCCUGAGGAAUGAGAGAUAAAAUAAGUGACUAUGCAUAUGGUACAUUUCUGCGUGCUCUUCUUGCACUUCUUUUAGUGCUUUUAUCUUCUUUUUUUUUUUUAAUUUCAGUAUAUUAAUCUGAUGUGUGUAUCGGCGUAUUUUUAUCUCUGAAACAGCUCUUUCUCAAUUAUCUAAUCGCAGCAUGAACUCGGAAAGGUUUUUACAAUGUUCUACAGAAAAUAUGCUGCAGGAAGAAUUAACGGCUUUUUAGAAUGAUGGAAGGAUUCAGGCUGAAUUGAGCUGGUUCCUUUCCAUAUGACAAGAACAUGGGAACUGCUGUGAUGUGUCAGACUAAAGGUCUGUCCAGCUGGCACCUUGUGCCCAGCACUGACCAGCCACAAGCAGAAGCCUGGGAAGCAGCAAAAAUAGGAGUGUAUUAUCCUACGUAAUCAUUUCUCUUUCUAGAGCUCAGUCAUUUAGACUAUUAAGAUGUUUAAGUCCUACUUUCUCUUUUCCCAGGACUGCCUGAUAUCAGUGUAGAGCAAAUCAGUUGCUUCUGCUGAAGACGGUUAGCGCUCCACAUCGAAGUGUCAAAGAUUCUGCUGCCAAAGACAGGUCAGGAUGUGUUUUCAGUUCUAAAUGAAACUGGAACAACAGGGACUCUGUGGCUGUUCUUUCAAACUGAAAAUAUAGGUAGAGGGCUUGAAGGAAUUCUGGAAAUAUAUGGCCAAGUCUCAGUGCUUGUGCGUACCGUGUGUGAGAAAGGCAAGCAUGGUGUGCAAAGCUUGUUUCCUCAGCUCAGCACUGUAGAGUGGUACCACUGGAGGAGUAUAACUGCGGUAUAACAGUCUGAUCUGCAAGGGCAGAAUUUCCACAAAGAGAAUCACUGCUUUGUAUCGCAGGUCUGGAACUGGUAGUGUUUGUAAUGCCUUUCCUUACAAUGGUGUGAGUACGACAGUGCGGAGGAUGAAGAGUUGUGGAGAUGUGCUCUUCUUGGGAAACUCAGUUCUAGAUUAAUUAAUUAAUUUACUGUUAAGUCCUUACCUGCUCGAAAGUGCAGUGUCCAAAUUAUGUGCUGGUCCCUUUGUUACAAUGACUACUGCUAGUGCUGCUUUCAGCCUGCAGAAGAAAUAUGACUGCUUUUAUUUGUUUUUUAAAGCUCUUCAGCUCCUUCUCUUGCAUGAUUCUGAUGUUAAUGUGUCCAUUAUAUCCAUGAUGGAUUACUGCGUGUCUUCUGAAAGAUGCUUGCAAAACAAGAAAGAAUUGGAGUCGAGACAGCUCAUCUCACAGAUGUGUUAUCUUAUACAUCAAAAGAGCACAGAUGAGAAUGUACAAGAGACUGUAAAAGCCCUCCAUUGGGAGGAGUUAGAUAAACACUCACCAAUAACCUGCCUGCGUUAAACCUUGUGCGCAAGUCUGAGAUAAAGAGAGCUAUAAAGGGUGAGCAGCUAGCAGGGCACCAGACUGGUCUGCCCACAACUCUCUGAGAGGUUGCAGGCCAAGUGUGCAGAGGUGCUCCUAGGAGGAAUCAGCAUGGAACCUGAGGAGUACAGACGGAGAGGGAAAGACAUGGUGGAUUACAUUUGCCAGUACCUGAGCAAUGUGAGAGAGAGACGAGUGACUCCUGAUGUGCAACCAGGUUACAUGAAAGCUCAGUUGCCAGAUUCUGCCCCAAUGGACCCAGAUAGCUGGGACAACAUCUUUGGAGAUAUAGAGAAAAUCAUUAUGCCUGGGGUGGUUCAUUGGCAAAGUCCACACAUGCAUGCCUACUUCCCAGCUCUUACUUCUUGGCCUUCGCUCCUUGGAGAUAUGCUGGCUGAUGCAAUUAACUGCUUGGGAUUCACCUGGGCCUCCAGUCCCGCCUGUACAGAACUGGAAAUGAAUGUGAUGGACUGGCUGGCUAAAAUGCUGGGACUUCCAGAUAAAUUCCUGCAUCACCAUCCUGAUAGUGUGGGCGGAGGAGUAUUACAGAGCACCGUGAGUGAAUCAACCUUGGUUGCGCUCCUGGCAGCACGGAAAAACAAAAUUCUGGAGAUGAAGCUUUCUGAGCCAGACGCUGACGAGUCCUCACUCAAUUCUCGUCUCAUUGCUUACGCAUCUGAUCAAGCACAUUCUUCUGUGGAAAAGGCUGGCUUGAUUUCUCUUGUGAAGAUGAAAUUUCUGCCUGUGGAUGAGAACUUUUCCCUUAGAGGUGAAACUUUGAAGAAAGCCAUAGCAGAAGACAGAAAGAAAGGCCUAGUGCCCGUCUUUGUUUGUGCAACUUUGGGUACAACUGGUGUCUGUGCUUUUGACAGUCUCUCUGAGCUGGGUCCAAUUUGUGGUGCUGAGGGACUCUGGCUUCAUAUUGAUGCUGCAUAUGCAGGAACAGCAUUUCUGUGUCCUGAAUUUCGAUUGUUCUUGGAUGGAAUUGAGUAUGCGGAUUCCUUCACUUUUAACCCUUCUAAAUGGAUGAUGGUUCAUUUUGACUGCACAGGAUUUUGGGUUAAGGAUAAAUACAAGCUACAUCAAACCUUCAGUGUUAACCCCGUCUAUCUCCGACAUCCCAAUUCAGGAGCUGCUGUUGAUUUCAUGCACUGGCAAAUUCCACUGAGUCGUCGAUUUCGUUCUUUGAAGCUGUGGUUUGUGAUUCGGUCAUUUGGGGUGAAAAAGCUUCAAGCUCAUGUUCGGCAUGGCACUGAAACAGCCAAAUUCUUUGAAUCUUUGGUAAGAAGUGAUCCACUGUUUGAAAUUCCUGCCAAGAGACAUCUUGGACUGGUUGUGUUUCGUUUAAAGGGUCCCAACUGGCUGACAGAAAAACUCCUGAAGGAACUGAGCAGUUCUGGCAGGCUCUUCCUUAUUCCAGCAACCGUUCAUGAUAAGUUCAUCAUCCGCUUUACUGUAACAUCUCAGUUCACAACCAGGGAAGAUAUUCUGCAAGACUGGAACAUCAUUCAACACACUGCAGCCCAAAUCAUUAGCCAGCAUAAUGAAUUGCAUCACGUCAGUUCUGGUGAUGAGGCAAAAAUCCCUAAUCCAAUAUCUGAGCCUAGUUCUAGUGUUAUUAGUCAUGCUUCUCAGCUCUAUAUAGAAGAAGGAAAAUACAAAAUACCUUCCAGAAAAAUAGUAGGUCAGCCUAAAAAGCUAGAAAUGAGUCCCAGUACAUGUGUGAUCAGUCAGCAAGUGGAAGGUCAAGGGGAUCUAGAUGAUUGUUUUCCAGAAGAUGUACAAGAUGUUACCAAACAUAAGUUAACCUCUUUCUUAUUCAGUUAUUUGUCUGUUGAAGGCAAGAAAAAGACAGCACGUUCGCUUAGCUGCAACAGUGUGCCAGUGACUGAUGUUCUUGAGCAAUGUAAUCCUAAGGCAACAGAUACUGACAAGAAGGAGCCUCAUGCAAAUGCCAGAAUUCUUUCCAGGCUGCCUGAAGAGGUGAUGAUGCUCAAAAAAAGUGCCUUCAAAAAAUUAAUUAAGUUCUACAGUGUCCCAAGCUUUCCAGAGUGCAGCAUUCAGUGUGGUCUUCAGCUGCCUUGUUGCCCCCUGCAAGCCAUCGUUUAACAAGUAAAAGAGAUUGGUGCUUAAGAGCUGUCUAGGUAGAAAGAGAACCAAAGUUUGCUUAUUCAUAUGCAAUACUACAUGUGAUUUUCUUCAAUAUGCAUAUUGUGGUAACAACCUCUGAGAAAAUUCCUGUGCUUUUAUUGGUGGAAAACUGUGUGUAUUUAUAGAUUAAAGUGUCAAAUAAACCUUGUAGACAUAUAACGUGAAACUCUGGUUUGUAGACUGUGGUAAAGAAAAUGCUAACUUCUGCCUAAUAGACCACCCUUUGCUGAUAAUCGUAAACUAGAAACAUUUUGACAAAGUAUGUUGGUCUCAAUUGGGUGUUAAAAAUUCCAUUCUCUUUGCCCUAUUUUUUUUUUUUAAUAUCUUGCCUUAAACUCUCUAGAUUGUUGUGAGGUUCGGUGUGCGCAGACAAUGCCAGCAUCCCUUCUGCACUGUGAAAAGAGGAUGAUGUGACCAGAGAUCUUACUAUCCAUCAGUGCAGUUUUUCAGCUCUUGAGUUUAAAAACAGCAACCCCGCCAUUCCAUCUGCACUAGUCAGCUAACAGUGCAUAGGAGGCUUUAUGUAACCAUGUUUCAAGAAAACAAGAAUGGAUUUGGCCUAAAAUUAUGUAUGUGUGUCUGUCUCCAUCUGACUAACUCUGAAUUGUCCUAGUGUGUUCUGUUUGCAAAACUAAUUGAGGAGGGGCAGUACCUACUUACAUACUUUUUAUUUAGAGUGAAGAGCAGGAGCUGGACAGGUCAACAGUCAGAAUUAGUCCUCUGGAGAUUUGGAGGAUGACAGCAGCAAUGCAGUGGAGGAUGGAGCACCCAUGCUGUAGAACAGGCAGCUUAGGAAAGAGAAAACUCAAGAAGAAAGGAGCAAAAAGAUUUUAGGUAAGAAAUUAAAAGGAAAACUAAAAUCAGGCUGAGAUAUAUCUAGAUAAGUUCUGUUAAGUCAAUCUGACAUUCAUGGUUUAUUUCAAAUACCAGUAUUUGCUAAUAUUAAGAAUUAGAAUUUCCUGGCAAGGUUAGAAUAACAGAUCCCUUAAAAUGCAAAUAUUAUAAAGCAUGGAUUUUUGGACAUGCUCACAAUCUGAAGUCGUGGUUUUUUUUACCGAAUUAUAAAUGUCCUUUAUUGAAACCCUCAUUCCGUGGUUGUACUUUAUGCCACUUAAAAGUUGCUGCAAAUUCAGUAGCACUCUGCAAAACAGAAUUAUAGCUCUGUUUAUCAAUGUCAUCGUAUAACUGGAGAAAUUAAAUUAAAUUUUCUAGAUUUAAAGAGAAUUGUAUUAAAAAAAAUAAUAAUCAUACAGAAAAUUGAAUUUCUGUUGAAACCUUACUAAUAGAUAUCUAAACCAUCUGCAUCCAUCAGGUAAUAAUUGAACUGUUGAAUGUGUGGACCAGUAAAUCUGAAUGCAAGAAGAACUGGUAGGAGAAACACUAGUGAAAGACUUAUUGCCCUAUUUAAAUAAGGCAAGAAAACACUAGUGACAUUACUUGUGCAGUUUUCAACUUUUAAUCAGAAAGUAUUAAGGCUUUGAUCCAUCAUUUUUCUGGUACUAAAACUCAGUUUUAAAUUUAGUAUUUAAUUUAAAAGUAAGAUUUUCAGACUACUAACAAGGUACAUUAUCAAGUUCUUAAGGAUUAAUAUUUCUUGACUGUUGCAGCCUCUGUGUAGACUGCUGACUCUAUAGGAAGUCUGUAAUGGAAGUCAGUGCUACUAGCUUAUCUGUAUCUUGUUUUCAGACCAAAGAACAGUAGAAUUUCUUUUCAGAAAAGAACAAAAAAAUGACAGUUGAAGAUUGGGCAAGUCUUGUGCUUGAUGUGGGUUAGCAAGACAAAGUGCUACCCUGACUGAUUAGUUGCUUUAUAUAACUCAAACAUUUAAAUGUUGGUUGAAUAAUUUGGGGUACUAGCAGCUUCGUGUUAUUCCACUUGGGUAAUAUCAGCGAAUAUACAACCUUUCUUGAAGGAGCAAUAUUUAUUUUAAUUAAAUACCCUAAGAAAUAGCACUAGAGUGACAAUCCUGCAAUAUUUUUCUAACUCAAAUUUAGAAUCAGUUUAGAACUUGGCUAUUUCUUCACCAAUACAAAACAAAUCUAAAGCUUCUUGUGCAAAAGACAGCUCUGUUUCAAGCUUUUAUUUGUGCAUGGAUAUUUAUUUUGAAAAGAACAGUCUGUAGUGGGAGCUGCAUUAAAGUGAGAAAACAAUGCUAUCAUUGUAAUUAAGGAAUGCAACUGGAAAUAUAUUUUUCACUGAGACCUUUCUGAUUCUGUAUGUUGAAAUAUGGUCUGUUUUCUUCAAGCAGCUUAUUUUUUCCAGUCCAAACUGAAACAUCUGAACACAGUUCUGUGUUCAUACUGGUAAAUGAUAAGAGCAAAUGAGAGAAUUGCUAGUAUAGUUAAAAAUUCCUUAGUCCUCAUAGAAAAGAGAAAACACAAUGCAGGCAGACGUAUAACAGCUACUUAGAUACUCUAUUUUCCCUUAAUCCUCAUAAAAUGGAGUCUUACGUAGUUUGAAAAGUGAGUGUUAACAUGCCUGUAACAAUUUCCUCCAUUAAAUUUGAAGUUUUCCUUCAGUUGAAUGCGUGCCGUUCCUACUCUGCCUUCAUAACCUGGAGGAAUCUGAAGGAAUAAUGCUAUCCAGUAACUUCAGGAUAACCUCUGUUUCUUGGGUGGUGACGUUGUUAACAAGCGAGUCAUUUUAGAAAACAGACCUUCAGUUAGAUAUCCUAAUGAUUUCUUCUUCAGGCUUCAGCAUGCUAGAUGCCAAGCUGUUUUCAAAGCCAAGCACUGGAAUAGUAGAUGGCAGAUAUUUUGAACAACUUUGGAAAAGCAAGUCUCAGUAUUCAGAAGUACCUGCAGCAGUGUUUAACUGUGCAUGGGUGUUAAUUUACUUCAUAAUGCAACAUGGAAAAUCUACUCUUAUUUGUUGUGCUGAAAGACCUAUCCAUGCAGAUAGAGGGCAGAAAGGAGUAAGACCCAGUUUAUCGCCACAUGAACAAUUAAUUAGAUUCUGCAGGGUUCAGUACUUCAGAUUUUUUACUUCCCUACAUACCAAGAGGGCUUCUUCAUUCCCCUUCUAGUGACUGAGGCUUGGGACAGAAACUUUUUGUUGUUUUUACAAAUUUCUAGGAUUUUAGAUCAUGCAAGUAAAUCAGAUGUGAGUAUGCUGCAUACCCAUGAAUGACAUUAUGGUUAUUUCUGUUAUGUUUCUGUAAAGCAUUUGAGAAGGACAAGAACUAAAGUGCUUGGCUAAAGCAACUGUGUGGAAACAUAAUAUUCUUAUACAGAAUUUCACAUCAGAACCUCACAGCUAUUGAGUUUUUCUCUCAAAACGACCAUAACUAAUUUGAGCCUCCUGCUCAGAAGAGGCUGUAGCAAUGCUGUUCUGUUAUGCUGCAAAAGGCUUUCUGAAGAUGGGAUUUCCUAUGCAACGUUCUCUCACUCAGUUAUGCUUUUGACUUUUGUAUGUAGGCUCUGGCAUUGGUUCUAUAACUCUAGCAGGAAAUCAUAAUCUGUGGACUGGAGAGCUAAAAGUCUCAGGUUAAUUGGUCAUGAAAAUGUCCUAACAGCAUUUUGAGGGACCUUUGACCACCUUAUUGUUUAGGACCGAAUUUUUUGGAAGCAUAUGAGUUGUCACCCAAUAAGUAUUUGGUUUACUGGCCAGCUUUUCAGAGUACAUUGUUCAACUGAGAUUCCUGGGAUGCACCUUUUCCUCCCUCCUUCAAUUACCAGCCCUCCUAAACAUUUUCAGCUCUGUGUCGGUACUGAUUUAAGUCACAUGCUGGCUAUCUUGUCGAGGUGAUGUCACAUUUCACACACGUUAAGCACAGGCAGUACUGAACGAUGCUCAACCUGACAAUGGCAACUAGAAUUCAACAGGAAUUAUGUUGGUGUUGCUAAGCGUUUGGGUAGCCUCCAAAAUAAAACAAUACUUACGAGUUCCUAUUAUUUUCUCUAAUAUUCACUGAGCCCUAGCUGCGUAUGUCUAGAAUGUUCAUUCUAGGUACUUUUGAUUUAGCACUAAUAUUUGUUCCCUAAAGACUUCAAGCAAAGUCCAUCUAGGAAAUAGUCUGUGCUGCACACUGGGCCAAACUAGUUUUCUUCAUUAAUCCCAAGGGAUGUAUAUUAGUCCGCUGCUAGAUACAGCUUUAUUUCUUCAAGCAUUUCUCAUUAUCACAGAAGUUUAAUAGGUAGUUAACUACCAAUUAAUAUGUCGUUUUGUUUUUAUGACUGCAAGGCGGGCAGGCAGCAGUGUGGGUGUGCUGGGCCUUGGCCUGCUAUGUCUGCCCAUGCCCACAGACCCUGCAGUCAGGCUGUGUGGUAAUGGAAAGACACAGGUUCAGUGGGUGACCUAUUAAUGAGCUUAUGAUUUCCCAUCUAUACUCCCCUCCACAGUAUCCUCCUUUCCAGCUUUCAUCCUUCUGAUGAUUCUGAUGAAACACAGAUACCUUUCUGUGAUAUUUCCACAUUAGUUGACGUUCACCGAACUCCUCCAUUUUCCUGCAUCAGUGUCUUCCAUGGGAUGACAUCUCAGUGUCAGGAGAUUUCACUAGGGAACAUUUUGGAGAAGUGGUUUUGUUCCCAAAUUAUGAGGUUAUAUUAUGUUAUUUUCAGCAGAAACAUCCACUAAUGCUGCUGAGCGUGGGUGUGCAGAGGCAUCAAGCGAAAAUGGCAAGAGAGCAGAUUACUACCCGUUGUUGUCAGAAUGUUCCUAACAUUUGCUGAAGGUAUUGCCAGAGCUCCUAAGGAGAAGAGCAUUCUAUCUUUGGUUGGGAAAGUGGUUAGUGCUAACAACGUAUGAAUUUUUGUGACUAGCAAGAUAUGAGGUCCUGUUUCAUUCCUACAUCUUUGGUACGUAUUAUCAUGGCAUAAGAUAGAAUGUAAGCUUAAAGGACUUCAGCUGUUUUGAAGUAACUGUUUAGAAAUACAUAUUCUGGAAUAAGUACAUCUUGAUGGAACUUCUUAGAAGGCAGUUUUAGAAUAAAUGUUAGAAAUAACCUGGAAAAGAUGUAAAUGUUGGCUGAUCACUUGAAUUAUAAAAAGAAGCUCUUGUAGUUAAAUAGAUUGUUGCCUAUGAGAAGUUUUAAUAUUGUAUUUCCUAGGUUGGCUGCGGAAAUUAAGGACAUUGACUGAAAACAGUGAGUAUUGUGCCAAGUUUUCUAGCUAGGUUAAUAUAAAUCAAACCACUGCAGGUGAAGUAUCAUGUUUAUUUUACUGUUUAAGUUAUUUUUAUGUUGUUUAUAAAGAACACCUACGUAUUUGAAAAUGGAGGUUCCAAAAUUAAGCUUCCAAAAUCAGUGAAUAUUUUUAGCAAUGUGUCAGUAACCUCUUACUUUUCUUAGUGUCCAAACUUGAUUCGAAGCUAAGUUAUUGCUUCUAGCCUCUGCCAGUGAGGGAAAGAAAAAAUGAAGAGAAGCUAAAAUGUGUAGGAUGCUACUGAGCUCCUCGGACGCGGGAAGAUGCUUCUCCCCACAGGUGCAGGCAUCCGUGGCUUUGCCAAGUUACGCGGUAAGCAAGGGCGGCUUGUUUUAUCCACAAGAUGUCACUGCAGGGUAACAAGUAACUGCGAGUUUGUAUUAUGUUGGAUGUGAGCUAACUACCGUACUGUAAAGGGGAAAAUAAGCAGGCAUUGUAAGAAAGCCGAGCACUCCUUGUACUCCUUAACCAUAGAAGGCUCCAUUUUUUUCUUUUCAUACAGCCUCCUCUCUUUUCUGUUUUCUAUUUUCUAACGGUUUGGUGGGAGAUCUUGCUGUAACGGUACAAGACAGCACAGUCUGUUCUUGCUAUCUCAAGUGACAGUAACCAAACCACAAAACACCUCUUACCCACUUAGUAAUCAGUGGUAGAGCAUUGAGGUUCAGAGUGGAUGACCUGUGGUUUGUAUGAAUCUGUGUCACAGAUCAAUCAGAAUUUCUUCGUUUCUUGCCUGCUUCAUCUGACUUUUCCUGCUGAAAACCGUGACUGGAUAAUCUUUAGGAUUGCUAAGAUGAAAUCUGCUAUCUUCAGUUUCCAGUUUGAAACGUCUUUCUGACUGAUUUUGUUGUUUACAGCUGAUGCAGUUGCUAUUAAGGAUUUGUUUGCAGUAUCAAUGUAGUGUUUCUGUCAUUUUAAUUAGAAGAGAGGCUGACCUGAUCUAAUUCACUGGUGCUAGAAAAAGGGAUGAUUCUGUUUCCCUCUCAUCCUUAUCUGGUCUCUUAGCCCUGCUACCUCUUUUGCUCCAGCUCUGGCACUCUUUUGGCACAUCAGUGACCAAUCCAGCUCCCUAAACAGCAGAAUAUAUUUUUCUGGGUGAGUUCUUUGCUGACUCAUUGGGUAGAAUUGACUCUUCAAGGGGUUCUAUUAGUAGUAGGAACUAUGAAAAAGGGGGAGUGAAGAGAUAAUAAGCAACAUUUCGAGGUCUGAAAUUCUCCCUCUGUUUACUUUCCUCUUCUGCAUGAGUUGCAAGAUGUCUAUUAACUAGGAAAAAUCACUUUUAUAUAUUCAAGAACCAAGUUCAUUGUAGGUUAGGGAUAAAUCAGUGAACCUACUAGUGGCAAAGUUCAAGCCAUUCCAUUUUUGCCCCCAGUCUGGCAGAGAUUCAUGAGAUAAGGGUCAGCAAAAUAAAUGCUCUGGAACCACUUAAACUAUGCUAGCAUCAGCAGUUUAUUGGUAUUUUUCCAGAUCUUUCCCCACUUCUGACAGAUGAUGCUCACAACUCUAUAAUUCACCAGGAUUUCUAGUAGGUCACCUGUGUGAGUUGACUUGGCAGUCAGCUCUGCAGCUGAUUUGACACCUCUGUUCAUUGAAAUAUUUUGCAAUCACCAACCUCCACAAAACUCUUCAAAGUGAGUUAACCUCUCCUUUGGUGCUGGAAUUUCUUAGUAAGUUUUGCCUGACACGUUGCCCAGUCUGUUUGCCUCUCCCCAGAAAACAAACAAACAAACAAAAAACAACAACAGCAACAAAACCGUCAAGAAAUCUGCAUGUUGCAGGAUGCCUUUACUUUGCUGCACUCUAUCACAAGUUCUUGUAUGUUCCUUCGUAUUAAGGAAAUUGCUUUUAAAGGUAGAAGAGGUGCAAACUUGCUGUGAAUAAACAUAGCAUGACUGAUUAGACAAAACUAUAUAGAUAGUCCAGGUUUAUAUGUCACACAUAGAUAUUUAAUUGUGCAGAUAUACAGGAGAUGUACUCCACUCCAAAGGAGAUGGGAGCUAUGUUAGUUGAGUAGUAUGAGAUGACACUGCUAUUACUGUACAUACAAUUAAUAACUGUGGAUCUCAGCUACUCCAUCCUGCCUAUCAUGGCUUUGUUGUUUAGCCCUCUGCUUAGAAGCAUGUAUGCUAUCCUGAGUGGGGACCUGGUCUUCAACAGUUUCCAGCAGCUCUUGCUGGAAAUAUAAACUUUCCUUCAAAGUCAGAAGGUUUGUAGUACACGUGCAAGCACUCACAGCAGGCAGUCAGCACCUGUCUUCCCAGUGGCCUGCAAAGAAAGCUGGAGCUAAAAGUAGUAGAAAGAAAGACAUUCUUUUGUGUAUUUUACCUGCAUAUAGUGGAUCUAAAACCUCUUAAUGAAGCUUUCUUGUUUCAAAAAAAUAGGUGUUUUUCAGCUAGAAACUUGCUUUGCAAGGAAAUUUCCUGCCAAAUCUCCUUAUGAUGCCAUGUUUUCUUCUAAGAUAUGAAAGUUGAAACCUUAAACUACUUUCUAUUGAGAUGCCAGCUCAGCUAUAGCUCUCUGUUCAAGCACGACAGGCUGGAGAAAUUCUAAGUGAAGCUCUCUGAGUCAUAGUGAAAAUCAUCUUUCUGUUGCAGAGGUGUUAAAAGCAACUGGUGUGAAAUUCUAGGAAUCAAACUGCAAUAUUCUACAAUGACAUCUGAGAGAUUCCUGGUGCUGAAUAGUAUCUAGAUUCUUGUCACUGAGCCCAUCCUCCUUGGAUAAAGAUGGUUGGAAUUCAGCAGAACAGAUGUGGUUUUCAAGAUCAGGGAAGAGAGCUGUCAAAACUCAGGAAUGAUCCCAUCUCCUAAUACAGAGACCCCAAAGGGAAUCUCACUCAGUUUUCUUUUGGGAAGAUGAAAGGAUAAGGAUUAAACAUAUAGCUUAGAUGAGCCACAGCCUUAGGAGAACUUCAAGUUACUCUUUCGCAGAAAAUCUUGCUUUUGCCAUUUUUUUCUUUUCAUUUAUGAUGGAAAAGUAGAUGACAUGCAUGCGUGCAGAGCGUUAUUUUUGAACCACUAACUUUAGGCUUGAAUCAGAUUCAGUGUAAAAGUCACGGUGAAUUUAUGAAAUAACUAUUCAAAUCCUACCAUCAAGACAAGCAUAUGCUAGACAGACUUUUAAGAGGAAUUAAAGUAUAAGCAUUAGUCUCAGAUGCUGCCAACAAGAGCAUCAAGUAAUGGAAUGUGCUUAUCAAAGAACUGUUUUCUUUGAAAAAGGGGUGAGGAAAGAAGCAUCUUUAUUCUCACAGCCUUAUUUGCUGAACUAUAGAAAACUGAACAGAAAAGAUCUGUGAUCUUGUAUAGUCCAAGAGCUCUCCAGCCUCUUUCACGGGAAUAAACUGCAUGCAUACGCUGUAAAAUAUUAAUGAGUAAUUGCUCAUCUGUCAAAAGGAAUGUUAAAAACUCAAGAAGCUGCAUGGAGUAGCUGAGGUUCUGUGACUUACUGCUUUUGUCAGAGUCUCUUCAUGAUGUUCUGUGCUUCAGUGUGGAAAAGACAAGAAUGAAAGCUGUUUUUGCAGCGUUCUCCCUAAAGUAUGCUGAAGUCUAAGAAAGUUGGUGCGUUGAGCUCUUCUCUCCUUGAAGCCUGGGUGGAUGAGAUUGUUGGAAAGCCUAUGUUUUCUGUCUCUUCCAAGAAAAAAAAAAAAAAAAAAAGUGGAAAAAAUAUUAAGAAUUGACACAAAAAUCACUCAAACCUCCUUUGAAUAAGGCCAGUAGUUUUUUUAGUUGCCGUGGGUGCAGUGGUUAAAGGAACCAGAAUUUUUGAAGCCAAUCAGAUGUGUAUGUAAUUGCUGCAAUUUUAACUCUAGAAUGAGUGAGAGGGAAAAAAAAAAAGCUGCAAUUGUUGUUUGAGGUGCACAGCAAAUUUCUGUUAAUAAUGUCUGUAAUUAUUUUUCAAGAAAAAAAAUGUAAGACAGGCUUCAAAUUGUACAUACUUGUGUAAAUAGGAGUUUGUCAAAGACUAUUUGAGAUUUAAGAGAUUUCACAUAGAGCCAUGAGGUUGAGUUGGCAGCCCUGACAGAAAGUAUUGUCACAGUAGUGACCCUGAAAUAUGUUGGCAGAUCGUGUUACUGUAUGUGUGGCAAUACUGACCUGAAUGAAAUCAAUCCAACCAAGAGAUAUGCCUUUUGCUGCAUGAGCCUUCUGCAUUCUACGGUAGUCAGCACUGCACUGUCUCUAGAAAGGACAGUGUAAAAUGUCAUGGAUUAUGAUCACUAAGUCCCUUGCAUUCACAGAACUUUCUUCAGCUCUGUCACCUUUCUAUAAUAGAAACACGGCAUCUAAAAUUAGAACAGGUAUUUAUAUGUAUGUUUGUACUCAUGUUUAUAAGCACAUACAAGUACUUAAUCAGAACAUGUGUUUUGAAAGCUCUUUUAGGAGAAGAAAUUGAUUAUUAAGUCAGGCAUUUCUAUGAUACGGCAUGAUCCGAGUUGCCAGUAAGACAGUCAAAAGUCCUAUCUUCCUGAACUCAGAUGGAUUUGGUGAACAAGGACUAUUUUAUUUGCUUAAAUUUCAAAACUUCGUUUGGACUAACUUUAAGCAAAAAAAUUGACUAAUGGUUAUCUCACUCGAGCUCUGUCAUUAUUUGCUGUUUAAUUGCAACUUCUAGCUCCUUGUUGGCCCCUGUCCUUCACAUAUGUGUACCUCUGCUAACUGUGCUGUACCAUUUUGACUUACUUAGUUUAGUAUACUGCAGUACUGUUUAAAAGACAUUUUGGCAGAAAGAGAUAAGAGGUAUGUUUGCAUAAAUAAAAAUAAAUAAGAAUCAUGCCAGUGAGCUAGGAAUCUGGCAAGAGUUCGAUUUAUUACUGCUUACAUUUCUUACAUAAUACAUCCACAUAAUUUAUCCAUUUUCACGUAGGAGAAAAUUUUUUACAUUUAUUUUCUUUAAGACAAGGAAAUCUCAGUCUUCUUUUCUAAGAACACAGGUUUUAUGACUAUGGAUUGGGUAUGGUCGUAUAUUUAGAAUAUAUAAGAAUGGUUUGAGUAGGAAGGAACUUUAAAAAUCACCCAGUUCAAGCCCUUUACCAUGGGUGGGGAUCAGGUUGCCCAAAGCCCAGCCAGCCUUGCCUUGAAUACCCCCAGGGAUGGUGCAUCCACAUCUUCUCUGGACAACCUGUUUCAGUGCCUCACCACCAUUAUAGCAAAGAAAUUCUUCCUUACAUCUAGUGUAAAUCUAACCUCUUUCAGUUUAAAACCACUACCCCUUGUCCUGUUGCUACAUCUUUCUUACAAGUGCCCUUUAAGUACUUGGAAAGCUGCAGUGAGGUCUCUUCAGAGCUUUCAGCCUAUGUCUGAUCUUCUUUCUGGUCUCCUCUAGUUCCUGUUCCAAGUUUUCCUGAGGGAUGCCACUCACCACUGAUCUCUGCCUGGACACUGAACCAUUCACAGCAACUCUCUGCAUGCAGCCACCCAGCCAAUUCCUUACCCAGAGGAUAGUCCUUCCAUCAAAUCCAUGUCUCCCCAAUUUACAGACAGGGAUGUUGUGUGAGACCAUAUGGAUUUGACAAUAAAAUAAACAUGUGGUCAAAAGAGAAAUAAUAAUACAUAGAUAAUAUGUAAUUUUACUAUUUUUCAAGCAUCUCUUUCAGAUUUCUGAACUUCAGGAAUUUUGAAACUUGCUUUCUAAGAAACAUAUUGGAUUCUUCUGUGUUGCUCCUGUUAGCUAACAGAUGAGAUCUGCAGCGCCAACUUCUCAUGGGACUCAUAUCACUGUUAGAACUUAUAUGGGUAGAUCAAGCCUUCUUUUACUAGGGGAAGAAGAUAAAGAGCUACCCAGCAUACAAAAAGAGGACUCUCAUGUUGAUGCAAAUAGUGAACAGUGAAGAAUGACAGAUUCAAACAUCACAAACGUUGUAAGUGGCGCUGGUAGCAAGAAAGUUUCUCACUGUAGACCACAGUUCUGCUGAAACAG